CGCCCGAUGACAAUCUUUCAUCAGGGAGCUACGACUAAUGCGUACGGUAUAGAGCGGCAUUAAUGUUUCAGAUACGCACGGUGAUUCAACGGAGCGGCUCUUACUACAAAGAAAAGCCUAUCAGGGAUAAGAGUGACCUUCCCCCUCCCUGCCUCUCCCAAGUCAACAUGCCGUCCUCUGGGCCAACGAUUGCACAAGCCGAAGGUAGCAACCUUGGGAACUAUAUCGGACACCACUGACGAAUCUAAAGUUGUCGGUAUGGUCUUGCCCAUUACUGCGACGGUGGUCACUUCAUUCCGUCUGUUCGUGCGGACGCAACAACGCCGUCUCUGGCUGGACGAUGCAUGGGCAGCGCUUGCCAUGCUAUUCGAUAUCGGUUCUUUGGUAGUAUUCUGGUUAUAUCUGCAUGACUAUGCUCGAUAUCCCCAAAGUUCAAGGGUGGCAUUAUAUUAUAUAAACACCCAAUUCUUCUAUGCACUCGUUUGGUUGUCCAGGAUCUCGAUAUUAUUCACGGUCAUACGACUGACUUUCCCUGGCCCGCUAAGGAGAUGGCUAAUAUGCACCGCCAUCGCAUUUAUGGUUACAUGGAUGGUCCUUGGCGCGCAAAUCUUUUGGACCUGUGAAGCAGAACCUAGUUGGAAAUCACAGUCACGCCCUCAGUGCGAUCUAGGUCGAAACGUUGCCAUUACGUUGAUAAUCACUGAUGUGAUCGGUGACUCGAUCUUAAUACUAGCACCGUUCCGUCUGAUUUACAAAAUUAAACUCACUGCGGCUCAAAAGAUCCGACUUCUGUCUAUUUUUUCGACGUCUGCUAUUACCACUGCCGUCAGCCUCAUCCACACAUACUACGUGUACUCCGAUGGUGGGCUGAAAGAAGCCAUAACUGCUAUAAUUGAGUCAUCAACUAGCUUGAUUGUGGCAAACUUGAGCGUGGUUGUCGCCUUCCUCUUCCGCAUCAGUACUGAAGAUUCCUCAACCCCUGCUCCGCUGGAGUUCAAGUCCAUAAUUACCUUCGGCUCACAGCCAAUUCGGACAAGAGAACAGCACGAUCCUCCUUCACCUUCAACGGUGGUAGUUGGCAUUGAGACCUCGACAAUAAGACUGGUUGAUUUCAGCAUAUCUUCCAUACAAGCGGCUAGAGGAGACGGCAGUGAUGCCGAAGCUGCAUCCAUUGAAACGCUUGAUAAACCAGGUCUGUUCUAUGAGGCUUGAUGUGUUUGAUAUACUGUCAUCUGCGUCCUUCCUAUGGUACUUGUCACCUCUUUUUUGUUACUGGUUGAAAGAUAUUAUGUGACCAGGUCGUGGGCUUUGAUAUCAUGCAGUGAUAUCGCCUUCGCCGGGACGCCAACGAACUUCAUGUACAUCCGGGCAAGCGUGCUGGCCCUGCCGAGCAUAUCCCAGGCAAAAACAAUUUCUGCGGCGUCAGAGACUCGGAGAUGAGUAGAGCAGGAAUGAUCUAGCCGAGCCAAUGUGGAUUAUGUCACUGUAGAUGUUACAGUUGGGCAGUUUCAUCGAUGUUGCCCGCAGUGCAAAAAGAAUACGUUAAUGGGGCCCAAUCGCGUGAAUCAUCUCUCCUCAGGCGACUUUUCACCUCGAUUGAUACGCCAUGAACUAACACAUCG